CUAAGUCUUUAUAAAUAACUAUCAGAAUGUUUUGGGGACUUAUUAUGGAACCGAACAAACGGUACACCCAAGUGGUGGAAAAGCCGUUCCACAUUUCGCAAGCGGCGAUGGAUAUUUCGACCGGUGAUAAUGACCCAUGCCAAGUUAUGGUGGUGGUUGAUGGCAAAAACUUCCUCGUAUGCACACUACAGAAAAACAAGUGCAUACAAGUACCAUUAGACCUGUAUUUCAAGAUGGGAGACUCUGUUGCAUUUUUAACUAAUGGUAAAUGUAAUGUCCACCUGACUGGAUACUUGGACCCUGAGUAUGAGGAGGAGCAGUCUGAUGAAGAGGAGGAAGCGGAGUCAGAGGAAGAGGAGGAAGCACCAGCACCUGUGUCUUCUAAGAAUAAGAGGAAGCAACUAGAUAGCAGCACAGAAUCUUCCAGCAAUAAGAAGGCUAAAAAAGAGAAGAAAGGAAAAAAAGCGGCUGAGGAAAGCUCAGACUCCGAUGACGAGGAGGAGGAUGAUCUGCAGAAAUUCCUGGAUGGAGAAAUAGAUACAGAUGAUAAUGAUGAAUCAUUCAAAGUGAAUACAUCUGCGGAAGCUGAUGACAGUGAGGAAGAUUCUGAUGAAGAGGAAGAAGAAGAAGAGGAGGAGGAAGACGACGAUGAUGAAGAGGAGAAUGAUAAAGGCGAGAGUUCUGAGGCGGACACCACUCUCGAUACAAGCAAGGACGAAGCUAAAGUGGAUAUGUCUAAGUUGACCAAAAGUCAGAGGAAACGGCUGAGGAAGAAGAUGCAACAAGGCAAGACGCCGCAAGUGAAUGGUGUCGAGAAACCUAAGGAAAAGCCAGAAGCACCACAAAAAGCUGAGAAGAAAAAGGCCGAACCAAAAAAGGAAGAGGAUAAAGCUGGGGAUAAGAAAGAAAAGAAAACUUUGAGCGGUGGAGUGGCCAUUGAAGAUCUUAAAGUUGGCACAGGACCUGUCGCCAAGCCUGGCAAAGUUGUUACGGUGUACUACGAGGGUCGGUUGAAGCAAAACAACAAGAUGUUCGAUAACUGCCUGAAGGGACCAGGCUUCAAGUUCCGUCUGGGAGCCAAGGAGGUGAUCAAAGGCUGGGACGUGGGUGUAGCUGGGAUGAAGGUCGGAGGCAAGAGGAAGAUCAUUUGCCCACCAGCGAUGGCGUAUGGUGCCAACGGUUCUCUGCCAGUAAUCCCACCAAAUUCAACCCUCACAUUUGAGGUUGAAUUAAAAAAUGUUAAAUAAGUUUUCAUUCAUUAUCCUAGUAUUCCUCGAUGAGGGUUUUUAUGAUUGAUACGGAUGUUUGUUUAUGAAUGCUGUGUGCAUUUAUAUUGUGCCAAUAUGAAGUAUCUACAAAUAAAAAAUAUGGCAAACAUUUGCUAUUUGCAGAUGCUUCAUAUUAAUUAAUUGAUAAAAUAAUUUUGUAAGUCAAUAAUCUAAGUAAUAAUUAAGAUGGACACUUAUUGACCAAUGUUUGAUCAAAUAUUCCUAUCACUAAAGUUACGGAAAACAUUAAUAUAUUUGUUUAAUGUUCAUUUAGUUCUAACGGUGAAAGAAAACUACCUAUAUCUGUGAAGAAAUUCAAAUGUGUGAAGUUAACUUAUCCGCACUUAGCAUGGUUUAACUACUUAGGGUAGGCUCCGAUACCCUCAGUGGGGACUUAUAUUGAGCUGAUGAGGUAUUAGUUAACCAAAAUCAACUAUAAAUAGAACAUUUUAUAUGGUACAUAAUUUACUUAAUAUCUGUGAGAGGUAAUUAAAUGAGAGUUAAAAUGUCUGGCUGUGAUCAACCUAAGGGUAAAAUUAAAUUUUGUGUCAUGUAAAAAGUUCAAGAUAUUUUCGUAUACAAUUCAUCAGCAACCUCAAAAAUCUAGAUUUUUUCAUAUUACCAUCACUAAAAUAUGACGAAAGAUAUAAAAUCAUGUGAAAAUAUUUGAUCAAAAAUAGGCCAAAUAAUCAUACUAGUGGCCAACUAGAAUAAAACUUAGGCAACUUUAUUUACUUAUCGAAAUAAACA